AUGAGAGAAUGGAUUGCAAAUCCAUAUACUGUUCCUUCACUAACCGUUGAUACUGAUGAAGGAGCUGAUGUUAAUAACGAUGAUCAUGCUGAUCAAGAAGCUGAAUCACAGGAUGGUGGUCAUCUCUCCCCUCAACUUUCUCAUCAUACUCUUUCUAUCGUUGAGAGAGUUCACUCAGCUCAAAGGGAGCAACCAUUUCAGGGGGAGCAACCAUCUCAGGGGGAGCAACCAUCCCAGGGGGAGCACCCUUCCCAGGGGGAGCAACCUUCUCCGGGGGGAGCAACCUUUCUCCCAACAAGUUCUAGGUACUCCAUUCCUUCAUAUACCAGCCUCAACAUUCAAUGA